AUGGCUCUAGUGGACUAUUCCUCGUCCGACUCUGCUUCUGAACCGGGCUCGCCUCCGGUCAAGCGUCGCAAAGCGUCGGGCUCCGGGACCCACGGCCCCAUGCCGGACAGCGACGCUACCGGCGCCGUCGAAUGUCAUGAUAGCGAAACAAAAUCCGGUUCUGUCGAUGUCAUGGGCAAAGCCAGCAACUCGGAGGGGUUGCCCCCUCUUCCUGCCCAAUUCCAUGAUCUUUACGCCUCCACUGUCCGAGCCAGCACAGCCGAUGACCCAAACCUGCACCAAGGUCGGAAGAGGACCAUUCCGCACAUUGCUGGCAACUGGCCGUCACACGUAUACAUUGAAUGGCACCCAACUGCCGACCAGCAUUCCCUCCUCGUCGCCCUUCUGGACAACAUCAAGCCCAUUCUCAACUCGCAGAAGCUGUACCCGCUCCUCACCUCCGACCUCAACGCCCCUCUACCCCUCCAUAUCUCCCUCUCACGCCCGCUGUCCCUGCCCACGGCACAGAAGGACCACUUUCUCUCGGCUCUAACACACUCGCUGUCCGCCGCUACGGGGGGGUUCCACAUCUCCCCUCGAGGUAUCGGCUUCUUCAAGUCCCCCGACUCGGACCGAGCCUUCCUUGUCCUCCGCGUCGCGGAUUCGGCCGUCUCGCAGGACACUACCAACACGAGCGGCAAGAACCCGCAGCUGCAGGCACUGCUGACAAAGUGUAACGCUGUUGCCUUGCGCCUCAACCACCCACCCUUGUACCAGACCGACGCCACCGAGCUCGUCGACGACGCGUUUCACAUGAGCAUCGGUUGGACAUUCGGGCUACCGCCGGAGGACGCGUGCUUGCGGACGCGUGCUCUGCUGAAGCAGCCCGACUUCCGCGACGUUGGGCAGUGGGAAAUUGGGGUGUCGGGGGUCAAGAUCAAGAUUGGAAACAUUAUCACGCAUGUGCCUUUGACUGACGACUCGAGGGCUAGGAAGAACAGUAUUGUUGAGGAAGGGUUGUAUGAGUAG